AUGUUGCAUCGGAGCACAUCAUCGCGGCGCUGUAGAGCAUCGCGGAACAUGACCAAUCUCGGCCAUACCUCGCCGAUCGCCGGACCAAGGGGGAGGCGCGCCAGCGUGGCAACCGACAAACCUGUCGACUUGCCACCGACGACUCUCAGAGGAACGAUGGAACGUCAACGUUCGCCACGGGGCAGCAUCGUGCCUGAUAUCGCUCUCGAUAUGGGAAACGGCGUCGAGGCCAUCAACCACAAGCCUCUGCCGGAGCGGGAUCAAUAUGUCGACGCGAGGAACACGGUGUUCAACCAGAAGAUGGCACGAAGCCCUCGAAACUCUCUGGUCCCGGACGAUUACUACCGAGCACCCAGGAACGGAGGGGUGACGCGAAGCCCCCGAAACAGUUUGAUCCCGGACGCGAACCUUGGGCCGGACAUGCUCUACAGCUCGCGGCACUCGUUGCUCCCCGACCCACCCCCGUUGAGCCCUCGAAACUCAUUGGUGGCGGACGUGACUCACAACAGGAGCCCCAGGAACAGCCUGGUCCCGUUGACCGGCUCGAGGACGUCGCUCAUGUCCGAGAACGGGAACCUCGGCUCGAGUCGGAGCCCCCGCCACUCUUUGAUACCCAACUGUUCGAGGAGCCCGCGGGGGAGCGUGACGAACAUGGAGCUGGUCGAUCGCAGCCCCCAGAGGAGCCCGAGGGGGUCCAUUGCCUCCGAAUGCUUGAAUCAGAGCCCGAGAAGCUCCAUCGUGCCGGCUUACGAGAGAUCGUCGCGGGGGAGCAUCGGCGUGAACGAGGCGGCGCACAGAGGAUCGAUCGGGGCCUCGAACGAGGAGGAGGCGAGGAGCCCGCGUCGCGGCAUCGAUCCCGAGCACGCGAUCGACAGGACGCCGAGGGGCAGCCUGAGCGGAUUGCAGGAGAGGAGAGGCACGAAGGCGAGCCUGAUAGCGCAGGAUCCGAGGAGAGGCUCGGCCGAUCAAGGAGUAAACGGGAAUCGAAAUUCCUCCCCUUCUCGGGAGAGGAAGGAGGUGAACACGGGAAGUGUCAAAUCCCGCGGAAGCACGGUCCAGAUCAAUUUAGGAUAUGGGCCAAACACGUUCGAGGAUUCCAGGCGGGCCAGCAGCUCCGUGUCCCAGUUUUCAGGUGACGAGUCGCGGCGUCUUUUCGCGAACGGCGCCAAAGUGGCUGAGAACACGGCGGAGAACAGGAAUCUGGGCGUGAUUACCUACGGUUCCGUGGUGUUCCAGCUGAAGGACGCGAACCUGGAGGCGAACAACAUCUGCGACUUCGUGUUCCGCGGAAUGAGGGUCGUGUGCAGGACGAGGGUCGUUACCGUGUGCCUGUUCUGCCUGUCGGCAGUCCCGAUCCUCAUGUUGAUUUACGGUUGGAAUUACUCGAAAGACUGUCCAAAGGAGCCAAGGAUACCCAUGUACCUGGUGAUCGGUGGAACAUUCGGAACCAUGCUCAUGAUGUUGCUCAUCUACUCGCAGAUACAGUCGAGGAGGCCGGAAAUGCCCCCGGUUCCAUCCAACAGGCCCCAAAUUUCCUUCAUGAAAUUGAUCAUCAUCGUCUUAUCAUGCUUCCUGCUCGGCUGGUUCGUGAUGGGGAAUUAUUGGAUACUUCACAUCAUGUGGCCAUCGUACACGUUCCUGUUGCACACUCCGAACGACCACUGUCACAAAACGCUCUACAUGUUCUCCCUGGUGCAUCUCGGCGUGAUGUACAUCACGUUCGGGAUCAUGCUACUCGUGGUAACCGUGCUGGCGUCUUUCAGAAUCCUAGCCUGCCCGUUAUCGGAAAGAUACAAAUAACCGCAGGAGUUCUUUACUCGCGUAAGAGAGGUGGUGGGCGAGAAAGGGCGGGCGAAGGAUGGGCCGGAGAGCGUCGUCCAAGGGCAACUUCUGAAGGGUGUCAUAAAGGGGAGCGAGUAUCGCGCGAAACAACGAAACGGCGACAUCGUUUCCAACGACGAGAUUAAUCGCGAUAAAUCUAACCUGUCGGAUCGUGAUCUCGCCCCGUCCAAUGGAAAAGGGGUACACUUUCGAUUGAGCUUGGGCUGCGACGUCGAUUCGAGCAAUGGCGACCAACGGCGCUUCGUAACUUAGCAAACCUUGCGAGGAUCGAGUUUCAAAGAGGAGGAGGAUCCUGUCGAUCGUAAACAAUAUCGCCGUAAAAUCUGACUAAAGUUACCUAGAUUCGAGGGAGGGAGGGGGGGGGGGAAACCUUUCGAGAAAGAUUUAUCCUUGCUGACUCUCUGAUUGCAAUUAAUUCGUUCUUACCGAUUUGAUCAAAACCGUUAACGAAGAAGAAUGAAUUUCGGGGAAAAAUCGAACGUUUCCCAGCCAAGAUGAAACGGAAAUUCCCAUUCCACGAAACGGAAGAGAAUAAACGUGAUAUACGUUCCUGGCUAAUUAAACGUGGGUGCGUUCCAUCUGCUCAGAAUCCACGAGAC